AUGUCUUCAGGAAUUCACAAUGGUGGUUGGAAAGCGAGCAUAGAUCACGCUGCUCUUGAUACGCGGGCGCUUCAAAACCAUCAUCUCGAUCUACCACCGACUACCGGUAUCUCCCAGAACAUACCGGUACCCGACCUCACCACAAAUUUCCUCGCCUUUAGGUCCCUCAAGAGGAGCACCGUGUCGUCUACGCAUAUGCACCUUGAGGCCAUCGGAUCGCGAAUACACUCGUGUGCAACCUUGCAUCUGGCAGUGGUACCUCGUCUUUGCUCUACCAGAGCCUUUACAAACUCGAGACUUCUGGUGGCGGGUUAG